GAUGCUGCUGCGUAACUGCAACGACGCUGUGUGAACGCGCCUGCGCGUUACAGCGAUGGCCGUCCUCGCACUUUGAGCGGCUCUGACUAGAGGCCACCGCUUGAGAGAAAAUCUGUGCUUCAGGCCGACGGAUUGGGUUUUUACUCCGGCUAUUUACCGAGGGAGCAAAAAAAAUCUGACCGUACGGAGUGAAGCAUUCGUGGUCCGUUUCGCUGUCCUUGACGAAAGUGUGAGGUUGUAGUGAGAGAGAGGCGGAUGGCUCAGAAAAUUAACGAGGCGUUGGAACAUAUAGCCGCAGCUGAGAAAUGUCUGAAAACAGGCUUUCUAAAAUGGAAACCUGAUUAUGACAGUGCAGCAUCUGAAUAUGCAAAAGCAGCUGUCGCAUUCAAAAAUGCGAAACAAUAUGACCAAGCAAAGGAUGCCUACCUAAGAGAAGCAGAGUCACAUCAGAACAAUAGAGCUUUCUUCCAUGCUGCUAAAGCAUACGAACAGGCUGGAAUGAUGCUGAAGGAAAUGCAAAAGUUACCAGAAGCAGUUCAGCUUAUUGAGAAAGCCAGCAUGAUGUUUGUAGAGAGUGGAACACCUGACACUGCUGCCAUGUCACUGGACCGUGCUGGAAAGCUGAUCGAAAAUGUAAACUUGGAAAAAGCCAUAGAUCUUUACCAACAGGCGGCUUCUGUGUUUGAGAAUGAAGAGCGUUUACGCCAAUCAGCUGAAUUGCUUGGAAAAGUUUCACGGCUGCUAGUUCGGGCUCGCAGGCUUGAUGAAGCUGCAGCAUCUCUUCAAAAGGAAAAGAACAUGUAUAAGGAAAUUGAGAAUUAUCCAACAUGCUUUAAGAAAACAAUUGCGCAAGUCUUAGUUCAUCUACAUAGGAAUGACUAUGUAGCUGCAGAUAAGUGUGUUCGGGAAAGUUACAGCAUCCCAGGAUUUAAUGGCAGUGAAGACUGCAUUGCUUUGGAGCAACUACUGGAGGGAUUUGAUCAACAAGACCAGGAUCAAGUUUCUGCUAUCUGUAAUUCGCCUCUCUUCAAAUACAUGGAUAAUGAUUAUGCCAAACUCUCUCUAAGUUUGAGAGUUCCUGGAGGAGGAACAAAAAAGAAGUCACCUGAGUCACAGCAAGAAGCUGGAGAACCCGUACAAAGUGCAACUGUUAACGAAGAGGACGAUGAGUACUCCUCUGGAUUGUGCUAGCUCUGGACAGAUCACUUGUAUUUUUUUCAGGUCAAUUGAAUUGUUUAGAAGUGAAGGUAAAAGCUCAAAACAAUCCAGACUCUUGACUUUAGCUGCCAACCUAUAACUGACGAGAUUCUGGUUUGCAUAGGAAUGGUCCAAGAAUCAGAUUGAUUAAAAAAUUAUAUUGUGAAGCAUUAGUCACAUGACAGCAUUUAGAUUUGGCUAAUUCUGCAUUAUGUAUAGAUGUUAGAUAAUCUUAGGUGUGCUUUUUUGCUUUGGAAAUGUAAUCUUAAAUGUGCAAUUGAAUUUGGUUUUAAAUCGGUAUAAAGAAAUCUUGCUGUAAAGACUUCUGCACAAAUGUCAUAUGAUCCUGAAUCAAUACAGUUUAUUUAUUAUACCAGCACAACAACAGAUUUGUUUAUGGCGGGUUAAGAAGUUGAGCAAUGAAAUAGAAAUUUGGAAAUAGUAUAAAAUGGGAGAAGUUUAAAAAUAUAUCCAGAAUUAAUUUACUGAAUAACAUUGAAAUACUGUUGCACACAGUUAACAAAAGCAUGCUGUAUGAUUAAGGCUGGAUAUUGCUACCGUCACAGUGUUCCUUUUCCAUUUAUUCCAUGAUGUGAGCAUAUAUGCUUAAAAGUUGUAAUAUUUGUACAUGUUCAAUAGGAUUCAGUAUUUAUGAUUUAUCGUGUGUAUAUACGUAAUUCAAGUGGUUAAAAAUAUGCACGUAUAGGCAAUGGUCAGUUAAUAUAUUCUGUGAGACUUGACUACAAACUUGCAAAAAGCUUUUUCUAAGUGCAUUUUCAACCUAAGUCAUUUUAAUUUAAACCAACACAAUGGAAGCAACUGAAGAUAUUGAUGCAAAUCACUUGAUAACUUAAAUAUCUUAAAAGGAACAAAAUAGUAAUUUCCUGUUCUUGUUGCCACUGAGAAAAUAAAUUCAGCAGGCCAACAAAUACUUGUUGAUGUUCUUUCUGUUUGGCAAUGGUAUCACAGUGUAAACAUGAUAAAGCUGCUUUGUUAUGUAUACAGGUUUUGAACUUUAUCCACAGUAAAGUAUUCUACUUAA